CCCGCCCUACCACCAGCAGCACCACCAAGGGCCCCCGCCUGGCGGGCCCGGCGGUCGCAGCGAGGAGAAGAUCUCAGACUCCGAGGGGUUUAAAGCCAACUUGUCUCUCUUGAGGAGGCCUGGAGAGAAAACUUACACACAGCGUUGUCGGUUGUUUGUUGGGAAUCUACCUGCUGAUAUCACGGAAGAUGAGUUCAAAAGAUUAUUUGCUAAAUAUGGUGAACCAGGAGAAGUUUUUAUCAACAAAGGCAAAGGAUUCGGAUUUAUUAAGCUUGAAUCUAGAGCAUUGGCUGAAAUUGCUAAAGCUGAACUUGAUGAUACACCCAUGAGAGGUAGACAGCUUCGGGUUCGAUUUGCCACACACGCUGCUGCCCUUUCAGUUCGAAAUCUUUCACCUUAUGUUUCUAAUGAGCUGUUGGAAGAAGCUUUUAGCCAGUUUGGUCCUAUUGAAAGGGCUGUUGUUAUUGUGGAUGAUCGUGGAAGAUCUACAGGGAAAGGCAUUGUUGAAUUUGCUUCUAAACCAGCAGCAAGAAAAGCAUUUGAAAGAUGCAGUGAAGGUGUUUUCUUACUGACAACAACACCUCGUCCGGUCAUUGUGGAACCCCUUGAACAGUUAGAUGACGAAGAUGGUCUUCCUGAAAAACUUGCACAGAAGAAUCCAAUGUAUCAAAAGGAGAGAGAAACCCCUCCUCGGUUUGCCCAGCAUGGCACAUUUGAGUAUGAAUAUUCUCAGCGGUGGAAGUCCCUGGAUGAAAUGGAAAAACAGCAACGGGAACAAGUUGAAAAAAACAUGAAAGAUGCAAAAGACAAAUUGGAAAGUGAAAUGGAAGAUGCCUAUCACGAACAUCAGGCAAAUCUUUUGCGUCAAGAUCUGAUGAGACGCCAGGAAGAAUUAAGACGCAUGGAAGAACUUCACAAUCAAGAAAUGCAGAAACGUAAAGAAAUGCAAUUGAGGCAGGAGGAGGAACGACGUAGGAGGGAAGAAGAGAUGAUGAUUCGUCAACGUGAGAUGGAAGAACAAAUGAGACGCCAAAGAGAGGAAAGUUACAGCCGGAUGGGCUACAUGGAUCCAAGAGAAAGAGACAUGAGAAUGGGUGGUGGAGGAGCAAUGAACAUGGGAGAUCCCUAUGGUUCAGGAGGCCAGAAAUUUCCACCUCUAGGUGGUGGUGGUGGCAUAGGUUAUGAAGCUAAUCCUGGAGUUCCACCAGCAACUAUGAGUGGUUCCAUGAUGGGAAGCGACAUGCGUACUGAGCGCUUUGGGCAGGGAGGUGCGGGACCUGUGGGUGGACAGGGUCCUAGAGGAAUGGGGCCUGGAACUCCAGCAGGAUAUGGUAGAGGGAGAGAAGAGUAUGAAGGCCCAAACAAAAAACCCCGAUUUUAGAUGUGAUAUUUAGGCUUUCAUUCCAGUUUGUUUUUGUCUUCUCUUGUUUAGAUACCAAUCUUUUAAAUUCUUGCAUUUUAGUAAGAAAGCUACCUUUUUAUGGAUGUUAGCAGUUUAUUGACCUAAUAUUUGUAAAUGGUCUGUUUGGGCAGGUAAAAUUAUGUAAUGCAGUGUUUGAAACAGGAUUUUUUCCCCCUUUUUCCUUUUUUUUUUAAAUCUGUAUAAUGUCCCUCGAGUUACGGCAGUGUAUCUUGUGCCACUG